UGUCUCUGACGCAGGUUGGAUGAGUCCCUGUGGCACAGCGUGGACCUGGAGGGGUUGACUCACAUGGGAGCGGCUCUGCAGCAGGUUUUGAACACGGGCGUCCGCAGGCUGCGCUGCCCUCGCUCCUUCGUGGAGAACCUCCUCUUCUCCACCUCCAGCCCGCUGCAGCUGGUUCAGCUGGACCUGUCCAGUUCCAUCAUCCCCACCUCAGCUCUGGAGAGCGUCGUCUGUCAGUGCAGCACGUUGGAGUAUCUGAGUCUGGAGGGUCUGCAGCUCUCCGACGCCAUCAUCAACGCUCUGGCGAUGAACGUGAACCUGCUGCAGCUCAACCUGAGCGGCUGCUCCGGCUUCUCUGCUGCCGCUCUGGCCGACAUGUUCACGUCCUGCUGCAGGAUCGAGCAGCUGAACAUCUCAUGGUGUGAAUUCAGCAGCGAUCAUGUGAAGAGUGUCGUCAGUAAUCUGAGCUCCAGUGUCACUCACCUCAACAUCAGUGGUUACAGAGAAAGUCUCUCGCUCGACGAUGUGAAGGUGCUGGUCGGGAGAUGUCCUCACAUUCAAACUUUAGAUUUGAGCGACAGCACUCUGCUGAUGGCCGACAGCUUCCCUGUACUCGCUCAGCUCAAGAAUCUCCUGCAUCUGUCCCUGAGUCGCUGCUACCACAUUCACCUCGCCGCUCUCACGGACCUGGGGACGACGUUCCCCCUGCUCUGCCUCCUGGACGUCUUUGGCCUGGUGCACGACGGCCACCUCCCCUCUCUGAAGAAAGAGCUGCCUCGCGUCAGCAUCAACUCCCGGCCCUUCUCCAGCAUCGCCCGGCCCACGCCCGCCAGCAGGCUGGCCGGCUCCCUCACUGAGCGCACCAUGUGGGGCAGCGGGUGUCGGCUGAGGCUCGGGCCGCAGUGAUCACGUCCUCCGGGUUAGUUUGACGCAGCAGUAUAUGAACACACGAGGAGCCUGAUGAGGCCGAGCAGUUUCAGCGUUGGCUGACGUUAACGGUGCUAAAGGUCUGUAAGUAUUAAACAUGUCAGCGUAGAGACGCCUUUUUUAUUCAGGAGAGUUGAAUCUGUUCGUGUUUUAAUGAAUCAACAGAAUGUUUACGAAUGUUCGGGACAGCCGAAGCCUGGGACGUGUUCAUGGGAUGAUAAAUCUUCUAUUCUUGGCUGAAACAUGCAGAGAGCAGAUGAAUCAGAAUAGUUUUUAUGUGAAAUGAUGGAUUUUCUUAAUGAUGCUCACUGUUGUAAAGAUGUAGCUGAACUGUGUCUCUGAUCACUCGUGUACGUUUGACCCGUCCGGUGGUUUUAUGAUCAUCUCAUUAUGUAGAUUUGAUCCAUUUCAUUCAGACUCUGCAGUGAAUCAUCCAGUUCAAAGCAAACUGUUCAUUUCUCUUCUGACUUUGAAGUAAAUCACUGAAUUACACUCAAA